AUGACAUUUGGUGGAAAAGUUAUGGUGUUCGGUGGUGACUUUAGACAAAUACUUCCGGUUGUACCAAAUGGGAGUAGGCGAGAUAUUGUUAAUGCUUCAAUCAUGUCGUCGUAUAUUUGGAGUACUUGCAAGGUCCUUACGUUAACCAAAAACAUGAGGUUAACUGUAGGAGCCAACACAUCUGAUAUAGACGAGAUUAAAGCUUUUGCGGAUUGGUUACUUGACUUGGGAGAGGGAAAGAUUGGCGACAGUGAUGAUUAUGAGGUGGUUAUAGAUAUUCCUGAAGAUUUGUUAAUCAAGUGCUCUGAGGAUCCUAUGUCAGAUCUGAUCGACUUUGUAUAUCCUUCGCUUCUUCAACUGUACAAAGAUAAAGAUUAUUUUGCUGAAAGAGCUAUAUUGGCACCAACGAACGAGGUUGUUCAAGAAAUUAAUGAAAAGUUGCUUGAUUCAUUUCCUGGCGAUGAAGUGGAGUAUCUGAGUUCUGAUAGUAUUUGUCAAACUGAUCAAGGAAAGAAUGAAGCAAAUGCGAGACUAUAUUCUCCCGAUGUUCUAAAUGGUUUAAAAAUUUCCGGUCUGCCUAAUCAUCGAUUAGUCAUUAAAGUUGGUGUACCUGUAAUGUUGCUUCGUAAUAUCGAUCAACAAAAUGAUUUAUGCAACGGUACGAGACUACGGAUUACUAAACUUUAUAAACAUGUUAUUGAGGCGGAGAUUAUAUCCGGAGGAAACAAAGGGACCAGAACGUUUAUUCCACGAAUUAGUUUAACACCGUCGGAUAAAGGAAUUCCUAUUAAGUUUCAACGACGACAAUUCCCUAUAAAUGUAUGUUUUGCAAUGACUAUAAAUAGAAGUCAAGGACAAUCUCUAUCGACGGUUGGAUUGUAUUUGAAAUAUCCAGUUUUCUCACAUGGUCAGCUUUAUAUUGCGUUAUCAAGAGUUAAAAGCAGAGGCGGUGUGAAGUUGCUUAUACUAGACAAAAAUGGGAAUGUAACGAGUAAAACAAGAAAUGUAGUCUACAAGGAAGUUUUUUCCGGAAUUUGA